ACAGGCUCCUGGCUCUGAGCUGUCAGGACAGAGCCCAAAGUGGGGCUCAAACCCAUGAAUUGUAAGAUCAUGACCUGAGCCUAUCAGACGCUUAACUGACUGAGCCACCCAGGCGCCCCAUUCCCAAGGGCUUUUGAAUCCCAUCAGGUUUAUUUUAUUUUUUGGAGUCUUUUGCAAUAUGGCACAUCUGUGCUGAGGGGUCUGCACAGAGUCAUGUGUGAUCUCCCCACUAUAAUAUUUCUGUGUGGGGUUUCUCACAUAUUGACCUGCCCCCUGACAAAACAGGAGGUCAUGGUAACUAAGAAACCAGUGAUUUUGCCCUGAACACAGAUAGAGGAAAGCAGAUUUUUCCGUCAGUGGAUCAGCCUUUUUCCAAUUUUUAGUGGAGAACUUCUCUGUAAAUUAUUCAGGAACAAACUGAGCCUUGGUCAAUGCAAAACCAAAAAUAUCAAUGAAUUAUAUUUUAAAACUUGAAAAGAGCGGUCGCUUUCCUGCAUUCAGGAAAAUAUGUCCAUCUUCUUGUAAUUUAUAUGCAGUUGCAGGGAAUUGCCUAGAGUGUUUCAUUAGCAACAUGUUGUCCCCUGCAGGGGCAAUAAUUCACCUAGUACACUCUUAUUCUCUUCCUAAGCAAAUCUGGGGAUGAAUAACAAUAAUGAUUUUUAUUUUCAUUUCAGUCUUUAGAAAUCCUCCUUUAUUCCUACUCUGCUCUAGUUCUCUGGAAUGAUGAAUGAUGACCAUUUAUAACCUAGCAUACUGAAAGUGUCAUGAUCUCAUCGUUCGUGGGUUUGAAUCCUGCGCCAGGCUCAGUGCUGGCAAUGUGGAGCCUGCUUGGGAUUUUCUCUCUCCCUCUGUCUCUCUGCCCCUGGCCCACUCACUCAUGCAUUCUCGGUCUCUCAAAAAAAAAAAAGAUUAAAGAAAAAGAAACACAAAUUCCCAGGCACUAUCCUAGUCCUGCUGAGUAAGAAACUCCAGGCCCUUCUGAGUUUUAUAAGCCCUCCAACUGAUUUUGAUAAUCGUUUGCAUAAGAACCACAAUUCUUGCUCUGCAGUACUGAUACACCUUCACUUCCUGUUCACUCUUCCUCCCACAGACCCUUCAGCCUCAUUUCUUCCUCAGAGCUUGGUCCUGGCUCCUUCAACCUCCCUCUUUGCAUUCUUCCCCCCAGGAGAUCUCACUCAUCCCUUAGUGGGAUCUCACCCAUUUCUAAAAGAAAAAAUCUAUUGACAUGGAGUGAUCAUUACCUAAUAGCAAUAGCCUCUUCUGGACUUCUCAGUAAAUGCCAAAUCUCACCUCAGUGACCUGUUCUUUUCAGAAGUUUCUCUAAUGCUGAAUGGACUCAUAUUAAACCUCUUAUCUGAUGGUAAUAAAAGUUAACCCUUGUUGAGCAAUUAAUAUGUACUGUCCCAAACAUAUGUGUAUAUUAUGUCAUUCAAUCCUCACUACAACUCUAUGAGGCAAGUAACAUUAAUAAUCCAUUUUCCGGGUAAGCAAAUUGAGGCACAAAGUAGCUAAGCGAGAGCUCAAGGUCAUACAGGCAAGAAGUAGUAGAGAGUAUAUUAAAAACCAAAUGGUCUAAGAGAUGAUUGUUAUUCAGCAAGUAAGAAAAACCUAGUCUUAUAAAGCAAACAGGAAAUUAAGCACUUUUCCUUCUGCCAUAUGAAGGCCAUAAUGGAAUUUUUCCUAAAAGAUUGUCUUAAAAAGCAGGAGAUGCACCUUAAAAUUUAUGUAUUCUAAAUUAGGGGUGGGGGGGGAGAAUUCCCCCAGGCAGUGACCUUUAUUACUAAGAUUUGAUUUGGAAGCCAAUUUUUAUAGCUCAGUUAAAAACUGCUAAACCCAGUCACUUAUAUAAUAGAAAUGCUGACGUGACCUUAAUUCUAGAGGUGCAAAGGGUAUAAUUGAAUUUAAGAACAAUGUACCUCAUCCAUUAAGUCAUUAAAUAGAUCGUAAUAAUCUGACACAUUUGGUAAGUACUACAUGAAAGUGGUUAACAAUGGUAUGCAAAUAAAAUGAGCUUACACGAUUAGCUGCUGUAUUUUCGGUUGUGUUUGCCAAAUAUAACAUUAAAUUACAAUACAGUCAUUUAGAAAAUGUUAUGGCAAUAUAAUUUAAAUGUUCCUGAACAUGAUGCCAACAUAAAGAAAGGGAAUGUUAGAAUCUCCAAGAUAUUGCCAAGUGCCUGUGUGUAAUUCAGAUAGCUUUAUAUUUACAGUUAAUAGAAUUAAACUUAAUCAGGAAUACAUCCUUUUGAACCAAACUUCUGGAGUUGCCCUGGUGAGAUAGUGCAUCUGAUUGAAAAGUACAUAUAAAGAUGCCAACUAAAUGCUAAAGUCAGAUCAUUCCUCCCCAUAGAUGAAUAUUUGGCACUGCUGAGAAAAAAACAUCCAGAUGUUUGGCAUCAUAUAGCCAAAUACCUAAAUCCAAGUGAAAUCAUGAGUUAAACACACACUUAGGGAAUUGAAUCAAUGGAGACAUCCAGUGAGGCUCGUUUUAGCUCAAACAAAAUAAAACAAAGCCAAAACAAAAUUUCUUGAGGGCAGGGCUAGAAAUCUGAAUUUUCAAUUCAUAUUGUCUCAAUUCUUCAUUUAAUCUGACUAUUUAUAGGACCAGUAAUGAAGCAUACUAAUCAUUUCAGUGUAAUAGAGAAUCCAGUAGAGCAAAACACUGGGCUUCAGAACUCUGACAAUUAUUUUAAUCAGAUCUUCUGUUUUAUUUCCUUAUGCAAAUGCUAAUAUAACAAAUAAGAGUUAGUAAAUAAUAGUAUAUCUAAUAAAUUAUCCAGGUUCUUACCUGCUGGUCACAAUAAUUGCUAAUAUAUUCAAAGGCCUUAUGUUAUAUUUAUACAUGGGCAACAAGCCAUGGAAAUGAAUAUACGCAUUUAUAUAAGAGAUAUAUAACAUGGUGACAUAAAAAUCAAAAAGGUCAAAAAUCGCUGUCCUAGUAAAAGAAAUAAAAAUAAUUAAGGGUUUAAAUUGAAUAUAAGUGACUCAAUUAGUAGGAUAGAUCAAUUACAACAAUGACUCCUAUUUUCUCCCUUCUUACUACAUGUCUGUACAUCUCUUGCCAUCAUGAUGUGGCAUUUAUUUGUCCCACCUCUUGAACUGAACUGUCCUGCAACUUGACCUCUAGAGUGUGGUUGAUAUGAGGGGGUGUCACAGUUAACAGAGGCCUCAAGAGACAUUAUGCACCCUCACUUACUCUCUUGUUCCUGUUCCUUUGCCCUGAGAAUAACUCCGAGCUAGCCUGCUGAAGAAUGAGAGAUCCUGUGAAAAAGACCCAAAUCGUCCCCACUGGAGACAUCCUAACCCACCAGUUUAGCACAGAUGCAUAAGCAAGACCAAGAAGAGCUGAGCCUGGCACAGACCAGCAGAAUCCACCCCACUGAUCGCAACUCUACAGAGUAGGUGAUAUCACCAUCACUAUCUCUGUCCCUAUUUUAACAGAUGAAGAAACUGAGGCACGGAGAGUCUUUAAAUACCAUCUGUCCAGUGAACUUCAAGGUUGAAGUGUCCACUGACCAAUCCCCUGUAGACAGUCCCCAUCCCACAGACCUGGACACCCGUAAAGUCCCUGGAACAGCCUUGGAAGACUUGGGCUCUGGCACUUAAAAGGGACAAUGAAUAUGAAGGAGGAGGAGAUGCGAGAAUCAACUGGAACCUGGAGGGUAAGCUUCUACACAGCUACAAGGAUGGACUGGAAUCGGAAAGACUGUCAGUCUCUCAUCACUUCCAAUCCUCCAACUUGGAUGAGGGCAUGUGUCCCACAGGAGAAGCUGAUGCCCUUAGUCAUGGGACUGAAUAUGCUCUUGGCCCAGGACUUCGAGAAGCUGAAGGAUAAAAUUUGGCAGGAGCUGAAGGAGCUGUGGGCCAGAUGUUGCCCCAGGCCAGGAGGAGCCCCUGGCCUCCUACCAGUUCCUGAAUCACAGCGAGAUCAUGCCUGUCUGAGGACCUUGCACCAGCUGGAUCAAUUGCUUGCAACACCCUUCCCACUGAUGGAUCUUCAUAUCACUAGCUCUUUCUUAUUAUUCAGGUUUCAGCUCGAUGUCAUCUCUUUGAUGCAAUUUUGGAGUGGUGGUGGGGCUCUAGAGCCAAUGGCCAAGAAAGAAUUCUUGAGACAUCUUUGGAGCAAAAAGACAUCUGUGGAGUUUAAGAACAUGGAGUUCAUCAGAGUAUAUCACUGAAGAAUAUGAUGGCUGAAAACAAUUUAAAAAUGCUAAAGAUUCAACAGUGUGUAGUAGCCAACAAACUACCUAGAAACAGGCCAUAUAUUUGCAAUAUUUGCUUCAAGCACUUUGAAACGCCAUCAAAAUUAGCUAGGCAUUAUCUCAUUCAUACUGGUCAAAAGCCAUUUGAAUGUGAUGUGUGUCAUAAAACUUUUAGACAACUGGUUCAUCUGGAGAGACAUCAACUAACUCAUAAUCUGCCUUUUAAAUGUAGCAUUUGUCAACGCCACUUUAAAAAUCUGAAGACGUUUGUGAAGCACCAACAACUUCACAAUGAAACCUACCAGAAUGACGUUAAACAGGUCAGAAGAUUGCUGGAGGCCAAGCAAGAAAAGCCGGUAUAUGGGAUGUAUCAUACUUUUACCACAGAGGAAAGAUGGGCAUUACACCCGUGUUCUAAAUCUGAUCCUGCAUACAGCCCUACAAAGAAAAGAAAGAAUAUUCAUGCAUGUACCAUCUGCGGCAAGAUGUUUCCAUCACAAUCAAAACUUGAUAGGCAUGCACUUAUUCAUACUGGUCAGAGGCCUUUUAAGUGUGUCCUGUGCAGUAAGUCUUUCCGACAGUCAACUCAUUUAAAAAUUCAUCAACUCACGCAUUCAGAAGAAAGACCUUUUCAAUGUUGUUUUUGUCAAAAAGGAUUUAAGAUUCAAAGCAAACUUCUGAAGCAUAAACAAAUCCAUACCAGGAAUAAGACCUUUCAGACUCUUUCAUUAAAGGUGAAGAGUCCAGAAUCAUGCCCGCUGCCUAAUAAAUUAAAUGCAAAGCAGGAUAGUUUGGAAAAUGGUGAUUUAGGUGAAUCUGAGGAGAAUAAUCCACUUGAUGUCCACUCUAUUUAUAUCGUCCCUUUUCAGUGUCCAGAGUGUGAAGAGUGUUUUGAAUCAGAGCAGAUUCUCAAUGGACAUAAGUGUUUUCCUGCCAGAGGUGGCAAAAUGCCAAGCAGGCUCAAAAGAAGCUACAACUAUAAAACCGUUGUUAAAAAAAUCUUGGCUAAACUUAAACGUGCUGGGGGUAAGAAAUUAGAUAAUCUUCGAUCUGAGAAAAAAGUAUUUAAAAACAAUUUCUUGGAAAAUUGUGAUCUUAUUUCCAGUGAGCAGAGCCCUGAACAAACCCAGAGAACAUUUAUGGGCCCUCUUGGCAAGCAUGGAACAUACAAGACAGUUGGCAAUAAAAAGAAGAAAACAUUGACUUUGCCAUUUUCUUGGCAAAAACACUUCCAGAACCAAAAUGUGGGUAAAAACUUGAAAGGUAUCCUUACGACAGAAAACAUGUUAACUAUAGAUAAUUCAGCGAAUAAUAAAGACGUAUCUAUCUACGGUUCAUCAGGUGAGGAAUUCUUUAAUAACUGUGAAGUGCUUCAGUGUGGUUUUUCAGUUCCAAGUGAAAACCUACAUACUGGACAUAAGAUGUGUCCUUGUGACAAAUGUGAGAAAGUGUUCCCUUCUAUAUCCAAACUACAAAGACACUAUUUAAUUCAUACUGGACAGAGGCCUUUUGGCUGUAAUGUUUGUGGGAAAUCUUUUAGACAGUCAGCUCAUUUAAAAAGACACAAAUUAACUCAUAUUGAUAAGAUUCCUUAUAGACGAUCUCUUUGCCAAGUAGAAUUUGAAAAUUUGAACCAACUUCUCAUUCAUCCAGGUGAUAAUGUUAACUAUAAUGCUUCCCAACAAUGUCAGACUCCCGGUUUCCAAAAAUAUGAGGCCUCAGAGUCAGAUCAAAUAUCAGAAAUAAAAGUUAAGGCAGAAUCGGAGGAUUUCAUUCUUAGUCCCCCCUAUAGGAACAGGCAGCCCUAUCACUCCAGUGUACUUUUGCAGUCAGAGCAGAGCCAUCACGGUCACUGUUGUGGUUAUUCAGGGCGGGCGGAGAGGAAUGAUGGCCUUCUCUACCAAUGCAGCGUUUGUUCCAAGAGUUUUAGAUCUCCAUCUAAACUGGAAAGACACUAUCUAAUUCACGCAGGGCAGAAGCCAUUUGAAUGCUCAGUCUGUGGCAAAACAUUCAGACAGGCUCCUCAUUGGAAGAGACAUCAACUUACUCACUUUAAGGAGUGACUAACCACAAGAGAAAGUGGUUCUCAAAGUCAGUUAUGUAACUGACAGAACCAGUAACACAAUCGUAGUCUCUGAUAAUCUUGGUCUCAAAGUUUGUAUCAUUUAAAAUGUAUUUUUACCAAAAGGCCUUCACUAGGUUGGGUGAUUUCAUAGGCAGUUGCUUGUUCUGCAUAGUAGGAAGCAAGAUACAGUACAUAGAAAAUUAAUAGGAUGUUUUAGGAACAGCCAAAUUAAAUUUAGAGGGAAGAACAUGGUUUGAUGCCACACAGUAAGCAUUUAUUUUAUUUUAAUAUAUACUUUGGCUGUACUGAAAAUAUAAAUCCAAUAUGUGGUACAAUAACUCAGUUCAUUCAUUUUUUUUUUAAAGGACUUAUUCCUUAAGGCAUGCCAUCUCCUUAAGACUGAGAGGUAAAAAUUGGUUUUUAGCUGCAGCAAAUAGCCCCACUACAUUUUACUUGUUUUAUAUUUCACACGAAAGCAUAAUUUUGUCCACCUAUGGCUCAAAUUCCAUUGCAAAAUUUUUUUCUCUUGUAAGUAAAAAAUACAAAAGCAGUAAAAGUGAAGAUGGAUGAGAAAAUCACAGUAUUAUUUUCAUUGGUCUUUUGCAAGCUAUUCUUAGGAUUCUGGUAGCUUCACCUCCUUUUCCACAAGUGAUUAGAAUUGGUUUUUUGCCCAGCUUGCUGUUUUUCCCAAAUUUAAAAGUAGGAGAGAAGUUAGUAUGGCACUGUAUACAUUUACCAUGUUUACUUACCAGGAAUAUUGUCCAAGUGCCAUAAUCUCUUUGAUGUUCUGUAUGCAGUGUUAUCUUUUCAGAGGAAUAAAUGCAAUUCAUCUAUUUACUUGGUGAUUGACAGCAGUAGCUAUAGACUUAAGACUCCCCUCUAGAUCUGCAUCUCCCUAAGACUUUGAUUUACUUCAGUAAAACUUUGUUUUAAUGCCUCAUGCAUUGGGUGGUCAUAUGACUUAAGUAAAUCUGUUAAGUUUGAUCAAAUGGCAAUGACUAGGUCUAGUUCUAGUUUAUUUUCUUUUUAAUUUUUUUAAUGUUUAUUUAUUUUUGAGAGAGAGUGAGAGCAUGAGUGGGGGAGGGGCAGAGAGAGAGAUGGAGACACAGAAUCUGAAGCAGGCUCCAGGUUCUGAGCUGUCAGCACAGAGCCCAACGCAGGACUCAAAACUAUGAACCGUGAGAUCAUGACCUGAGCCAAAGUCAGAGGCUUAACCAGCUAAGCCACCCAGAUGCCCCAGGUCUAGUUCUAGUUUUUAAGUCUAUGUUUCUUGCAAGAGUCUAAUGCUAAAGAACAUUAUUUUGAUAAUUCAUAAAUUGUUUUGAUAAGUAAGGUAAUUAUUCCCAUAUAGGAAUAAAGUGCUUGCAGAAUUGAGGGUAUCCUUUUUCUUUCUUUUUUUUUUUUUUUUUUUUUUUUUUUUUCAACGUUUAUUUAUUUUUGGGACAGAGAGAGAG